CAAAUGCUAGAUUCAACUAAAUUUUACUACAUCGAAUGCAAGUAUAAUCGGUACAUGCAGCAACGACUAUGAUCGUUAAUAAAAGUAUAUAUCACGCGUUGCAGUUGAAUCAAAUAAAAAUAAUUAAGGUAGUGUCAAGAUGCAUGAGCGGUUAAUGUUUACCGAGACCUACGGGAGUGAGAAAGAGAGAUAUUUUGUAAAAUCAAAAGACGAGCAAACGAUAACUGAAUUACUAUCCGAUACGAUCAGGACGAAAUCUUUUUAUGCUAGUUUCUUAUCAAUUGCGAAAGAGGUAUUUUUACCUCAAGGAUAUCCCGAUAGUGUUCAUUCCGAUUAUACUCUAUAUCAAAUAUGGGACACGGUUCAGGCAUUUGCGAGUACGAUAAUGGGUACUUUUACAACGCAUUCCAUUAUGCAAGGGGUAGGCGUCGGAGAGGCUGCUGCCACUCCAUUGGCAGCAGCGAUAACAUGGAUAUUGAAAGAUGGGACUGGUAUGGUCGGUCGCAUUGUAUUCGCAUGGUGGAACGGGACAGAUUUAGAUGGACAGUGUAAAAAAUGGAGACUUUUUGCCGACAUUCUUAACGAUUUAGCAAUGGGAAUAGAAUUACUCUUACCUUAUUUCUCCUCAUAUUCUCUUGUAAUAUUGUGCAUUUCAACAGCAAUGAAAUCAAUUGUCGGUGUUGCCGGUGGAGCGACCAGGGCAGCGCUUACGCAGCACCAGGCAUUACAGAAUAAUUUGGCAGAUGUUUCAGCCAAAGAUGGAAGUCAAGAGACAUGCGUAAAUUUAAUAGCAUCUUUUGUUGGGAUUUUAAUACUCUCUAUUCUGCAUAAUGCUCGAUACCUAAUGGAACUCUAUCUCUUUCUGGUGGUAGUACAUCUAUAUGCAAAUUACUCGGCUGUGAAAGCAUUACGUUUAAAUUCAUUAAAUGAAGAUCGUUUCGCUUUAAUAGUAAAAGGUUACUUCACGAACGAAGUCAUUCCCGAACCUGAGGAAGUUAAUAAAAACGAAUCAGUAUUGUUGCUCACGAAACCUACAAUGAGUGUAUGCGGGUUUAACGUAAAGAUGGGAGUUUCUCUCGCGACUCUAAUACAAAAAGACAUAAUUCCAACAAGUGACACAGAACUAUCAUUAAAAUUAUUUCUAGAUAGGAAAUACUUGAUUUCUAUAGAUGUACAAGAUAGAACUAUUUUUGUAUGCCUUAAAAAAGAUGCUCAACCACACGACGUCUUGGAAGCGUAUUUUCAUGCUUGCCUUUGCGGAUUGUUUAUUUGUAUGUCUCUAAAAGUGCCACUUGAUCUUUUUUUGAAACCUGAAGUAAGCGAUCCGUCUUAUCCCUUAAUGCGGCUUUACGUACUUAGUAAGAAGUGUUCUACUUCGAGUAAUAGCGUGCAUUCGUCAAAAGCCAUAGAAAGCAUUUAUGCUACGAAUUUAUUAAUUUCUAGUGAAUACAAAGCAUUUAUUAGUGGCCUUGAAAGUAAAGGGUGGAUUACGGAAACCAAUCUAUUACCAGUAGCAGCUUGGAGAUUUUCAUAAAAAAUCAAAAUUGUAAAGAACAUUAAUUGUAAAGCAUGAACAUUAAACAGUAAAGAUAUUGUUGCUCUUUUCUGAACAUUA